AUGUUACGGAUUGUCAAGAAAUAUAGCUUUGCCUUCAAUACAGUCGAGUCAAAGCCGGUGAAGCGAAUCGCUGGCCAUUCGGUGUCCUUCUCGUCGUCACCCGGACUUGUCUUCUCCUGCGAUGACUAUUAUAUUCUGUCCUCUGGUCUCGUGGUUCAGGAGACGACAAAUGCCAAUAACAACCCGUCUCUGUAUCGCGACAUACGAGCAGAUAAUAUAGUGCUUGAGUUCGCGCGAAAUCUUGUGGCCAAUCGUUUGGCCAAUUCUGGCAAAGAGUGGACCGAUUUAUUCGGUGCCCACAAUAGCGGCACUUAUAAUAACCAGUUUAUGGUCGUUGACUACAAACUGUUCAAAAAGGGAACAAAAGUGUCUGAUUUGCCAAACAAUUUGCUUUGGAUUAUAGAACAGAUGCCGACUCUCGUACGGGUGGCCGACGUUACACAUGUGCUCCGAUCGCAGGGCUAUUGGGCCUCAUAUAAUGUGCCCUAUUUUAAGGACAUCUACGACAUGAGCGGUGAUGCGGAACUGUUCCGCAAAAUGGGACCCUUUUAUAGUCACGACAAGACGGCCAGAGCGCAGAUCUUUCAUCGGGAUCAGUCCAAAGUGACCGAUUUGAAGACAUUGUACCAACUCAUGAGAUACAACGAUUUCAAACACGACCCGUUGUCUCAGUGCGAGACAUAUAACCAGGUGUGCGAUCCGCCCAAUUCGGCCGGUCUGGCCAUCGCUUCCCGCAGUGAUCUCAGCGAUCCGGACGGUCAGUACCCGAUUGAGUGGUGGGAAUACCAGGACGAGUGCGCCACCGACGCCAAGAUGACCAACUCGUCAAUGGUCUCGCAGUUGCAGAUGUUGGCCGUCAGCGGACCCACUGAUGUGCAACAGCCGGCCUUCCGGUGGUCGACCAGUGGUAUGGAUGGCUCCCAUUUCGGUCAUCCGGAUCUCUUCAACUUCGCACCCAUUUAUGUCAAAUGGUUUCCUAACUCUUACGAAACGGCUCAAGACAUUGACGACAGGCGUGUCUUAGAGGACAACAGUCGACGGGAAACCCUUUAA